AUGUCGAGCCUCAAAGAUAUAAUGGACGUCGAUGUGGAGCCGCUUCAAUCCCAAGCAUAUAGAAAGUCCCGGGAAGCCGCUCAACAAUCCGCCUCUCGUCCUUCCAUCGCUAUAUCAACCGAGGUCCCCUCCCCACCAACUGAUGACGAAGAAGAAGACCAAGGUAACAAUAACCAAGGGAAGCAUCCCAUCAAGCGUCGCCGUUCCCAUCGAGUACCCAACGAUCACACCGAGUCUUCGCUGUCAACCUAUCAAAAUCGACGCAACAGCGUCACAGAGCAAAUCAUGAAUAUGGACUACCAGAACAGUUACCAGACCGUAGGCUCGAGCCAAGGCAGUAGCUCAGGAACACCUCAGAUGUCGAGGACUUCGGAGAGCGAUGCAAAUAUUCCCGUCAAGUAUACACCAGUCACUGGUCGUAUUAGCAGAGCAAAGAAAGGUGUACCAGUACACACCUGCGAUAUAUGCCGACCAGCGAAGACUUUUACUAGAGCAGAACAUCUGAGGUACGUCUAAAUCUCGCAUUGGGAUUGAAAUUACUAACAAUUGACUUCGUCCAGACGUCACCGAUUGAGCCACCAGAAGCCGGCAUAUGGGUGUGAAUUUGAAAAUUGUGAACGGGCCUUCCACAGACCGGACUUGCUUGCGCGACACAUGCAUCGACAGUAAGCAGCGAAAACGUCACCUUUUUAUGAAUUGGCUGACAGGGAAUAGUGAAACUCAAGGAGAGAAGGCAUACGUAUCUGGUGAUCCGGAAAGAAGUAGAGCCUCCUCGAGUGCAUCCGAGAGCCAACCACGACAAAUCAAGACAGAACCAGGACGCGCAUACCCUCAGCAAGGUUCUCCAAUGAGCUCAAACACCCCACGAACCUCAAUGAGCGGAGAGACCAACAAAACCAUGUCUAGCACUAACACAAUCACCCCACAAUCUUUUCAGGCUGGAAGCUACUCCCCGGGGUCCAACAGUUCGCACAAGAGAAGUGCAAGAGAGGCAGAGCUACCAGAUAUGGACUCAUACCCAGUCACCUCUCCUAUUCCAAACCGAAUGCCUACGAGUUUUGUUGACACCCUGGCUCCUGGUACAGAUUUCACAUCCGCGAAUCUACCUGGCCGCGAAAACAUGUAUACAGCUAUACCCUCAUCUGGGUUUGAAAACAUGUAUGCGCAUGAAUCCUUUUCGGCCAACUAUACCACUGCUGUCAGCAAUUCAGGUUUGCCUCUUCUGAGGAUCCCAGACGAACCUUUCCCUCCGCACCAAUCAUUUGGGCAGGACAAUUCCCCAUGGUGUUCUUCGGCAUCCGACAGCACCUAUUCUAACCAUUCCGAUGGAUCUCGAGCUGGACGACAAUGGACAUCCAGAGGACGUUCCGACUCCCUAGUUGAUUGGCCAAUCUCAGCUACGUCACAGUCUCUGGAUUGGUCCACCCCUCAAGAUUUGCACAGCCCGCCUUUCGACACAUAUUUAGAUCAGCAGUAUGAGGCACAUAUCUCCCCUCGUACAACUCAUAUGCACCUAGAUGUACCAAGUCCUUUCAGGAGGUAUAACAUGGAAACAGUGGGUACUCCAACCCUCUCGACGAAUAGUAAACCAAUUUCUCAAGCCUUUCCAGCGUCCAGUUCACGAAUACCCAACCCCCGAUUGGCUGGCAUUAAUGCCCCAAGAGAGGAUGAAUUAGCAGUAUUCUCCUCCACCUCUACGAAUCUCGAGCAACAAACACCUUCACUCGAUCUGUGUAUAGACAGUUACUGGCAGAAUUUUCAUCCUCUUUUACCUUUUAUUCAUCGUCCAACUUACAACACUGUGGAAGGCAGCCUCCUUACCUCCGCGAUCGCUGCUAUCGGCACACAAUACCACAACACACCAGAGGCUCGGGCCCGAGGAACCGAACUGAACGAGUUUUGCCGGGGAAGCAUUGAACGCGUAAGUAACACUGAAUCUUAAAUCACAUUUCUUUGGGGGCACAUAACGAGGAGGAAAUGGUCAUUACCCUGCCACACUUUUUGGGGAUUUCUUUUCUAUCUUUCUUUUUGUCUCUCUUCUUCUUCUACUUUCCUUGCUCUUCUAUUUCUUUUCAUUCUUCUCAUUUCCAUCAUUUCCUUGAUCGAUCAUUUUCGCGGUAGUGUAAGGCCGACACUGACCCCCUGUCCAGCGUUUGGAAUUGGAUCGGGCAACCAUGCAAGCAAUCCUUCUUACGGAAGUUUUCAGCCGAUUUCGAGGCAGAAAAACAACCAUUCGACUAUCCAGACGGUUCGAGGAUCUUUGUAUGAGAGUAAGUCCUCUUAUGUUUGUACAUUUCUAUAGCUGCUAACCAUUAAAUAGCUAAUCAGUGGCACUGAUCCGAGCUACAGAGCCCCGUCUACCUGCACCAGCCCGGUUGAAGCAACAUCUGUAGAUGAUCUACGAACACGAUUUGGCUCCAUUGAAAAUAGCCACUCGCUCCCGAAGCCAGAUGCUUCAACUGAAUGGAUGCAAUGGGUUGAAAGGGAGUCUCAACAACGUCUCCUCAGUUCUUGCUUCGUGUUCGAUGUCCAUCAAGCUCUUUAUCACAAACAGCUUCGUGCACGAGCAUUCAGUGGUGAAGUUGGAUCUUUUCUUCAUCCUCCUUGCCUGGAUAGUAUCUGGAAUGCCUCUGAUCAUACGGAGUGGAAAAGCCAAUCUCUCCAACUCCUCGCUCCAGGAGCGUCUACUCAGCAAUUUCCUCCCUACCAGUCCUCAUUUCUUCAGUCGAUUGUAAUGAGUUCCCAUGCGAUACAGCUUCAAUUUGGCGAAACACCGACUUACUUGAGCCACUUUCAUACACCUUCAUCCGACUACCCUGCGGAUUAUCUUAUGAACGAGUUCUCUACAUCUCCUGUGGCUCAAACCUAUCUUGCAUUACACUAUACACCACUUCACGAUCUCCUCGCGGUUGCUGCCGAUACGUGGAUAUUUUCGCAAAAAGUCACACCACCAGAGCGUUUCCACAGUGCGCAGAUAGAUUUGGGUAGUUGGUCAAGGUCUGCAAAAGCAGCCCACGCGGUUCACCAUGCUUGCCGCAUAUUGUCUAUCAAUCUGGCACAGUGGUCUGAUGUGCCUUCAAAUUCAUGCCAUUCCAAUGGCAUAGUCUGCAUCACAAACUACUGGAGUUUAUAUAUGGCAGCUUUAAUCUGCUGGGCAUAUGGACAUCGUUUUCAGCAAGUCGUCAAAGAUACCUCUCCUUCCCAAUCAAUGGAGGAAGCUAUACAAAAGGCCAACACUUAUGUCAACGGCAUGUUGGCUCUCAGUGUGGAAGAACUCAUCAACAAACGAGCCACUGUCAAGGGCAAAACAGCCGGGGUCAUUGACUUGGUCUAUAGACGCCUUGUGAUCGAGGGCGCUGGUAUAGGCGGCAGAUGCAGUAUGCUCACGGACUGCACUCAAGUCCUUCAGAAGAUUGCCAAGAGCGGAAAGUCGAAAUGGUUCUGA